UUAGUAGGCUAUUUGUUCGGCCGUUUUUCGGUAUUUUGGCAGAUUUUUUUUAUCGGUAAAGUUGGAAAAAAAAAUCGGCCGAUUUUCACUGCAAUGAUGGGCAAAUCGGCCGAUUUUUUACCGAUAAAAAAUCUGCGCAUGAGCAGUGACCUGCAGGAGGAAGACAAAAAGAAGUAAAAGAAGAAGUAAAAGAAGAAGAAGAAGUAAAAGAAGUAAAAGAAGAAGUAAAAGAAGAAGAAGAAGUAGAAGAAGAAAAAGAAGUAAAAGAAGAAGAAGUAAAAGAAGAGGAGGAGGAGGAGGAGGAAGAAGAAGAGG